AUGGGGCGUGGUGUUGAAUUUGGAUGUACACGGCCAAUAGGAAGGAAGGAUGUGGCCGAGUUGUUUGCGUUUGCGAGGGAAGAGUGGUUGCUACAGGGCAACGGGACGAUUGUGUGGGAUGCGACGCGUAUACAUGAGCGACUUUGGAACGAGCGUGGCAUUGAGAUGCAUACUUCCGUGGGAUUCGUCCUUAGCGAUGGUGCGAAUCAUCUUACCGUGGGGGAACUGCUCAACGUUUUCGCCGACAUCGAGUGUGAGACCGCGUGCUAUGACGGCUUUUUCGUUACAGCUCGAGAUUGCCGGCCGCCCAAUGCUAAAACUAUGAAGACGGUCUCGCUCAAGUCAACUCGUCUGGUACCGCCAAAGAGAUCGCCAACAGCGUCCUUAGCCAGCUCCAAUCACCACGGUCCCGGAUGCUCAGCUCGGGAUGAGAGCUCGGGGCAUGACUCAGCGCUCAAUCGGUUCAAGAAGCGUAUCAGUUUCAUCACUGCCGAGUGUCAGAUGGGUGCAUGCAAUGCCCGUCCUUCAAAUGCGAUGACUUUACGCCCUCCGCACCCAUCCGAUUCCAAAAAGCAUGCACACGACGCUGAACAGUCUGGACAGGAAGUCUGUUACUUCUCACUUUUCUGCCAUGGCCGCCGCGAACAAGGCGCGCAUCAGUUGAAAGUUUCACACGGGUUCGGGACAUACUUGAGGGCAGCAGUUGCGAGUCUACUUAGGAGUGUCGUUACCGAGUUUCCAGAUCUUGUAGCCGAGAGUUCGGCGUGUUGGGAGUUUGUGGAGAUCGUGGGCGAUCGGGGGCUGUUGGAUGAGGUGCCCGGGAGGAUGGAGGGCGAGAUUAAGUAA